CGUCACUAUUUUGUAAACAUUAGUAGAAUAAAAAAAAUUGCAGAAAAAUUCUGAAAAUUUCAAUUUUCCAUCAUUUUAAGGAACUUGAACAAUCAUUUACAAUGGAUGUUGACGUCUUCAUAACAAACUACAUUUAUGUUGAUGCUGAUAUAUUCAGAUUCUGGCUGGAUGGACUGACAACCUCAGAGUCAGUAAUCCAGCAGCGUAAGAAAAUUUCAUCAAAUAUUCCACUAGAUCUCAUAGCAUCCGAUGUACUCGACCACUACCGCACAUAUGCUCACCUUGAACGAUAUUUGGAUGCACCUCAAAAGCUAGAAAGUUCAUCGCUCAAUUUUCAGCUUGAAAAGACAUCAAAAAUGCACAUAAUUGAAAAAUAUUACUCACUCGAUGACGUCGUGUGUCGUGAACUGCUCGGGAAGAAACUUUCAUCAAAAUAUCGAAAAGACCUUGACGAAAUUAGUGAAAAAACAUCAAUCAAACUUAAAAGUUGUCGACGCCAAUUUGACAACAUCAAGAGAAUCCAGAAGGUCAUCGAUGACCAGCCAGCAGGAUCACUGCUAAAAAUCAUCCAAAGAGAAUUUUUGUUGUCCGAAGAUUUAGCCAAAAAAUAUUGUGCAAUUGUUUUUAUUGCGAAUCAAAGAUUUGAGCUGUCAAAAAAGAAAUUGCAAUAUUUGAGUUUUAUGGACUUUUAUGAAUGCACGCAGUCAAUAAUGGCUUAUUGGACUUACGUUUAUCAGCAUUCGCAGGAGAUCGAGGAGGAAUUUGAUAAGGAAUUCUUGCUAGACUUGAGGGAGUUGAGGUGUCUUUUUGAUAAGGAGAGGGAGAUUAAGCACUUAGUGCUCAUCCGUCUCAAAGACUCACUUCUCGAACGAUCGUAUCAAGAACUAGACAUCAACUUCCGCAUCUACUUCCGAGCAAUCAUCACAAUUGCAGUAUCAAUCCAUCGUUCACGUGAAUUGAGAAAUUUCUUCCUUGACUUAACUGAGAAGCUAGUCGAGCCAAUGAAAGUUAGUGGCUGGUCAUUCGAGCAAGUUAAGCAGUUCCUUCCAGUGCUGACUAAAUGUGUACUUGAUUUAAAUUCUUAUGGACACAUGAGUGGAAAUGAGGUGCGAUGCUUAUGGGAUCGAUUUAUGAAUGUGCUUAAUGUGUGUCUCCUGAAAUUGUAUCACAACUGACGAUAGUUGAAUUCUUCUUGUUUUUGUUUUAUUUUGUAGCAGAGCUUUAAGUCGACUUCUAGCUCUGAAUUUUGUAGUUUUUAUGAUUAUUUUGAACAUUUUUUUAAAAUUAUUUAAUGUUAAUGUAAAAUUAGUGCAAUGAAUUUUGAAGAAAAAUAAAUGAAAUAUUCAAUAUAAAAAAUUAUUUUUUUUUCAUAUAAUCGCGACUUUUCAUCUUGCGCAUCUUCA